UUGUUUUUGGCUUAUAGGCUUCGAUCUGCAUUUCGCAUUCUCCUCUGUUUCUUCUCCCUUCUGUCAGGAAAUGGGUCGUGGAAAAGUAACUUUCAAACGCAUCUCAAAUGAGAGGUCUCGCAAGACAACUUUCAUUCAGAGAAAAAAAGGGUUAACUAAAAAAAUCUCUGAAUUUUGCACAAUAUGUGGAGUUGAAGCAUGCUUGAUUUUGCAUGCUGAUGGCAAUGGUGAUACUGGACUAACAACUUGGCCUCAAGACUCCACAGUGGUACACUCCAUCAUUCAAAAGUAUGAGCAAUCAAAGAAUGAGGGAUCUCAAGAGACCUUUGAAAUUCAAGAUUUUUUUGAGAAUAGGAAAAAGAUGGUUGAAGCUGAGAUUUCCAAAGUGCGGAAAGAGAUCACUGACAUCAAGUAUCCAACUUGGAAUCCAUGUAUCAUAAACAUGGAAGAGGAGCAUUUGAGGGCCUUCCUUGCUCAUGUGGAUGCUAAGAUUGGAGUUUGUGAGCAAAGAAUUAACAUGAUAAAAAACAAGCAUCAAAGUGAAGCCAAUUCUGAUUUCAUGCAAAACAUGGCUCACUUUCAUCCAAACCAAAUCAUCCCUACUCCUGUGGAGCCAGUUAGUGAAAAUAAUAUGAGUGUGAAAUUUACAAAUUCAUCAAAUCAAUUUGGUUGUGUUAGUAAUCAUGGAAUUAACAUGCAACAAGGUGAUGCUUUUCAUGGUGGUGAUUCUGUGAUUUGGGCUAAUGAACUGGCUGAUUUUGAAAAGUGGUUCAAUGAACUUGAUGAUUGUUCCAAUCAACAAGAUGAUAGGGCCACUCAAUUUGAAGAAUCGUUCUGAUUUUGAAAAGUGGUUCAAUGAACACGAUGAUUGUUCUAAUCAACAAGAUGAUAGGGCCACUCAAUUUGAAGAAUCUUUCUUCAAGAAUAUUCCUCUUCAAUCUCAAAAUGCACAAUAAGGAAUAGGAGUUUUUCAUGCCUUCCCACCACCAGUUCAAGGAUUCCCAACAGAUUUCUGAAUGACUAACUUGAUGUUUUGAAUUGUAAUGUUCUUGUUAUUUAGUUUAACAAGUGUUGUUUCCUUGACAAUAAGUUAGUUUUACACAUUUAUUUGGUUGAAAGUGUUGUUUGUA